AUGAACUACGUGCGCUCGCUCACCAGCGGCGUGUCCAAGGGGUGGAACUCGAUAAACCCCGCAACUCUGAGCGGUGCUAUAGAUGUCAUAGUCGUUGAACAAGAAGAUGGCAGCCUGGCUUGUUCGCCGUUCCACGUCCGCUUCGGGAAAUACCAGAUACUGCGGCCUUCAGACAAGAAGGUGGUAUUCAGAGUCAAUGGCGAGCAGCAAAAUUAUGCCAUGAAGCUCGGAGAGGGCGGCGAAGCUUUCUUCGUCUUCGAGACAACGGCGUCGAUCCCCGAAGACAUGCAGACCUCGCCGCUCGCAUCCCCAGCGUCAAGUCCCGAGCAAAAGCCCACCGAUGAGCCCAUCAAUACCCUCCCUGAACCCGAUCCUCUCGAGCUAGACGGUACCAGCGGAGCGAGACGGUCGACACUGCAAGGCCGAGUCCCACGGCCGGACCUGCUUGGGGAGCGACCGAAAUCAGGCGACUGGUCCGGCUUGCAGACGUGGCGCUCCAACAGUGACGAAGUGCUGCCCUCCGCAAAGACUCAAUUUGCGAAAUCAUUCGAGGACAAGGAACACGAACCUAUAUUGCUUAGCAGAGACGAGGCUACAGCAUGGAACAUUCAGAAACGAUCAACUAGUCCGCCGCCCAUAUCACCCAGCGAAGCCAUGGCCCGUGCUAUCAACCUUUCCAAGAAGCUUUUCACUUCCAACAUUCCAAACAAAGUCACCGAGAGCGGCGACUUGAUGUUGGAUAUGACCGGCUACAAGAGCAGCGAACAGGAAGCUUUGCGCGCCGAAGUGGUCGCCAGGAAGAUACUAUCAGAUGAGCUGGAGGGGAACUACGACAUUGGCGCUUUGAUCGGCGCUGAUGAACAUGGCAAUCUAUGGAUUUACAGCAGUGAGGAGUCCAAGGCUGCUGCUAUGCAGAGGUCAGGCAUCGCAGCCUUAAAUGACGAAGCACUGCGAUCAACAGAUGCCAUAUCAGAUCCCGGCUAUCAUAGCGAUGACGCCCAGAGCGACACAACCGCAGAAUAUCCGCCACACAUGCGUAGGGACUCUGACAGCGCUAUCGGUUUGACUACCCCACCAAAAUCACCUGAGACGGAUAGGGAAACUCGUAGCUUUGCAAAGACGCUACGCCUCACGAGCGACCAGCUGAAGUCUCUGAAUCUGAAACCAGGCUUCACCGUCAACCGAUCAACGUGCAACGCAUACAUGUUCUACUGGAAGCACGACGUCCCCAUCGUCAUCUCAGAUAUCGAUGGCACAAUCACCAAAUCGGACGCUCUGGGCCAUGUCCUGAACAUGAUCGGUCGAGACUGGACCCACGAAGGAGUGGCGAAAUUAUACACUGACAUUGUUAACAACGGAUACAAUAUCUUCUACCUGACAAGCCGCUCUGUGGGCCUAGCAGACACAACGAGGACGUACAUGAACGGUGUAGUACAAGAGGGCUACCGAUUACCGAAAGGGCCGGUGAUCAUGAGUCCAGAUCGGACAAUAGCAGCAUUGCGCCGAGAAGUAUACUUACGAAAGCCGGAAGUGUUCAAGAUGGCCUGUCUUCGGGAUAUCAUGAACCUAUUUGGUAAGCCAUCAGGACAGACACCCUUUUAUGCUGGGUUCGGAAACCGGUUCACCGAUGCUCUCUCCUACCGCUCCGUCAACAUCCCCUCCACCCGCAUCUUCACCAUAAACUCGAACGCCGAAGUCUCCCUCGACGUCCUCUCCCUCAACUCCUACCGCACUGGAUACGCCUCCAUGCGCGAAAUUGUAGACCACUUCUUCCCUCCCGUCGGCCUCCUUGUGCCACCCGGCGGCGAACAGUUCACUGACUUCAACUACUGGCGCGAACGCCCGCUCGACAUUGAGGACUUUACUGAUAGUGAAGAUGAAAGUCCUGAGGCGGCAAGCGUGCCUAGUGAGGACGAGGGGAGCGAGGUCGGCGAGGAUCUGGAGGCGAGUUAUCUUACGCAGGCGAGUGUUGAUGAGACAGGCGGGCUGCAAGACUCCAUCGUUGAAAGCAUUGAGGGCGACGAGUACGCGGAGGCGGAGUCGGAUGAGGAGGGCGAGGUUGAUGACGAGGAAUAUGACGACGUUGAGGACGACGACGAUGAAGAAGAAGAAAUCGAAAGAACAGAGGUGCAGCGGACGCCGACUAGAAACAUGCAAGGGCUGAAUCAUGGGGUGCCGGAUAAGGGACGGAAGGAGCAGACACCGACGCCACCACAGGCAAGUCCUGCCGCCAGGCGAAGAAACUCUUAG